GUUAUCAAACCCAGAACUGACAAAAGUUGUAUGACUACCUAGGAGAUGAUACGCAGAAUUCUGGCUACCAAGGAGAUGAUACACAGAAGACUACCAAGUAGAUGACACAAAGAAUUCUAAAUACCUAGGAGAUAAUACACACAAUUCUGACUACCAAGGAGAUGAUACACAGAAGACUACCAAGUAGAUGAUACAAAGAAUUCUAACUACCUAGGAGAUGAUACACACAAUUCUGACUACCAAGGAGAUGAUACACAGAAUUCUGACUGCCUACAAGAUGAUACACACAAUUCUGACUACCUAGAAGAUGAUGCACAGGAUUCAGACUACUUAGAAAAAGAUACACAGAAUUCUGACUACCAAGGAAAUUAUACACAGAAUUCUGACUACCUACAAGAUAAUACACAGAAUUCUGACUACCUACAAGAAGAUAAACAGAAUUCAGACUGCAGAGAAGUUAAAAAGAUUGGACGAUAUAAAAAUUCUGACUACCAAGAAGUUAUAUUUCUGAGACAGGAACUGCUACCACAUAACGUAGAACCAUGGAUGACUUAAGAAGAAAUAUACAAGUACUUUUUGUGCUGAUGAUUUUUUCCGCUGUAUGGACACAGUCACCACUGUCUCAUGUGUCCCCAUUCUUCUUCCUGUGCAAUUACCAUGGUAAUGUCCAAGAACUAGGUCAGCACACUGGGGAGGUCAAACUGAGUGUAUCUAUACAGGGAAACCCUGAUACAUACACUCCUGGAAGUUUUUAUGAGGUGACUGUGAUAUCAAGCAUGAACUUUGAUGGUUUCCUGCUCACUGGUCUAUACACACUUUCUCAGCAAGCUAGGAACCAGAUGCAGACUUUAGGGAUCCAGGCAGGGCAGCCCCAGGGACAGAACCUUAUGUGCUCCAUUGUUCACACACACAUAUCAGAUUCCCCUGUACAUGAGUUUAGAUUUGUAUGGAUAGCACCCCCUGCGGGUACAGGAUGUGUUAAUUUUCUGGCUACUGCUACUUUAGAGCAACAACUUCUGUUUAAAGAUACCACUGUGUUACAGCUUUGUGAAGAAGGGGAACAGAGAGGUCCAUUAAGACCAGUUAUGGCUGACAUUCAUUCAGAUGCCAUGAUUUUCAGAGAUGACUUUGAUUCAUUUGAAUCUUUUGGACCUGAUCUUUGGGCAGCUAAUGAAGGGGCCGUGGUAGGACAGUCCUGUGGGUCAAUAUUUUAUGGAGAUGCUGCGGUCAUGUGUGAAAAAAAUGGACGUAGGAAACUGGUGACAAGGCCACUGAACACAACAUCAGCAGCUGUCUUGCAGUUUGUUAUUGGUUCAGGUAACUGUGGAUCUAGUGAUCAAGAUCAGGAUAUUAUUGUUUCUUUUGGACUGAAUGGAUGUCGUGACUGGCACAAGUUAGAUAUGAUCAGACCUAUGAAGAAUAAAAUACCAGAAAUGGUCCUGAUUCAUUUACCAGCCAAGGCAAGAGGUGAAGGCAUUUGUUUUUCCUGGAAACAAAACCCUACUGUUUUAAAAACUUUUCAAACUAAACCAGUAGAGACAACAACCACCAAAACCACACAACCAGCCCUUGGAUAUGGUGUACCAGAUUUUGGUAGUCAUGGCAACAGUGAAAUACAAACUUUUGAAGUGCCACUUUUUGGAGAAGUUGAGACAGUAAGCACUACUUCAGUAGUAAGAAGUACCACUGUAAUUACAAAAGCAACUACAACAACUGUACCAUCCACAACUGCAUCCUAUGAUUACUAUGACCCUGAUGACCCGUUGUAUACUCCACCUCCUGAAACCGUAGAGUACACAAUAGGUGAGGUAGAAGUGCAAGACCAGGCAUUGAAUGAUGAAUCUGUUAAUGCUAAAUUUGGCCGUAAAAAGACAAGAAGUGGUUCAAAGGGAAGGAAAAUACGUUACAAUGUUGGGAGUAAGACAACGGGAGGAGAUGAACAACAAGAGGAACCUGUUGGGAUAUACCAGGGUUGCUGGGCAAUUGAUCAAGUUAUAAUUGUAAACACAGCUCACAUACCAUCUACACUACAAGAUAGCUUUGAUCCCGUAAAUCCCAGUGACUGGUUAUCAUUCCCAGGGGCAAAUUUCAAGCAUCAAUGUCAUUCAGAAGAUACAGCUAUGGUUUUUAACCAUGAAUCACCUGUUACAGUGGUUGGUACUCGUGACCUUGACCUUUCUUCUUCCAAUGCUGCUGUCGACAUCAUUUUAGAGGAGCAGUUUGAAUCAAAGACCCAACCUGGUUGGGUUGUUGUUGGUGGCCAUGUUGAUGUAAGCUGUGGUGAAAUAUACUCUGCCAACUCUAUGGUGUUCAAUGCUGCAGGGAAAGUGAGGAAAAUAUGUACACCAAUACUUGAUAUUAGGAAAACAGGCAAUGUAAGAUUCUACUUUGGCAUGGGAUCUGGUGCCUGUCAUUCAAGUGGAAAACAAAAGUCUGAAGUGAUGGUGUAUAUGGAAGACGACAGUGACCACACCUUGUAUAUCAUAGAGAAACUUAAUGUGCAAUCUUACAAGCAACCUGGUCUUGUGUCAGUUCCCUUGAAACCUGUAGACAGACAGGAGAGAGGUCGUAUCUGUUGGUUGCAGAAGUAUACAGGAGGUUUAGAUGAGAAUGUCUGGGCUUUAGAUAAUAUCCAAGUAUUACCAAACUUUCCAGAAAAUUCAAAACCUGAUAAAGAUAAAAUGGCACAAUUUACAAUGAAUUUAAGAUGUGGAAACUACCCUGAAAAAAAUAAUGUGGAAUUGAAAUUUUCAACCAACUAUGGUGAAACUUGGCACACAUUACAUGAGCACUGUUUACCAGGACAGUGUAGUGGAGAAUACUACCCAGCACAUACCAAGUUUCAGAAUAAUCAGUUUGAAAAUUGGAAAAGAUUUACGACACAUAUUCCCUAUGCUGCCCAGGUUCCCAGUGUAAGAUUCAAAUGGCAAAAGAUCUCUGAAGAUGAACCUAACUGGGCCCUUGACAAUGUGUAUAUUGGUACAUGUUCAGAUGGUUGUAAUGGGCAUGGAGAAUGUGUUGACCAUGCUUGCAAAUGUGAUUUUGGAUAUACUGGUCCCACCUGUAGAGAACCAGUUGUACCAAAUCCAACAAGUAUUGUGGAAAAUUUUGAGGGAGAUAACAUGUUCACCAGUACAGGAAUAGAAGCAAUUACAGGAGGCACCUUGGGUUUCCAGUGUGAUGUUUUGUCAACAGGAAAAGCAUUUGUAUUCAACCAAGAUGGACGCCGAGAACUUGUAACAGGGGAGUUAAAUACAACCAAUAACAUGUAUCUGCAGUUUAACAUACGUGUAGGAAGUUAUUCUCCUGUGUCAGAUUGUCCCGCUCCAGAAGAGACGAAGGAACUUGUUAUUCUCGAUUACACAUGUGAUGGUGGUAUAACAUGGAAACUGCUGAAAACAUUCAAUAUUUUUGACUAUCGAAAGCCCAUGUCAGAUUCAGUACAGUUACCAGAGAGUGCCAGAGAUAUUGGUUGUAAGUUCCGGUGGUUUCAACCAGAACAUUCUGGUUAUCAUAAAGAUGUUUGGGCUUUAGAUGACAUCAGUUUGAAUGACCAUCUAUUCAAUACAUUGCACCUGCAUAUGGCAAACAUGGUGGAUAUUGGAGAGAAACUAACAGUCACACAUGGAAAACUUUCUGACAGUUAUUGUCGCAAAAUGAAAAGUAUAAGUUUUAUUGGGAAACCACUAGAAGAUGAUGUACGCAUGUUAACGACAGAGUCAAUGCAUGUUGGGCCUAGAUACAUGAUGCAGUUUGAGCUUGUGAUGGGAUGCGGUCUGCCAUAUUCAGAAAAUAUUGAUAACCGACUGUAUCUGGAAUAUUCCACUGAUCAUGGAAUUCACUGGGGAUUGGUAAUUGAUCCAUGUUUUCCCCAAGCACCAUGUGAACCUAUACAUAAAGGGACAGUAUAUGACUGGACACAGUACAGGGAGUGGACACGUGUUACCAUACCUUUGCCUGUUACCACUUGGGGACCAUCAACAAGAUUUCGUCUCAGACAAUCACAUUGGACAAACACAGAUACAUGGGGAGUGGCAAGGCUCUACAUAGGUCAGCAAUGCCACAAUAUGUGCCAUGGACACGGAGAGUGUCAUGAAGGAACUUGCAUAUGUGAUGAAGGUUUUGAGGGAGAAGACUGUCAUCCUGCCACACACCUCAAUGACAGAAUGCAGGCAGACUUUGGAAUACGGUAUCAACCAGACACCGACUUUGAGAGCAUACGUGGUGGGAAAGUUGUCAGCAGUAAUCGUGGCUGUGGUAAUAUCCACUCUGAUGAAUCCCUAUAUUUCUUUGAUAAUGGAGUGAGAGAGUUGGUAACGAAGGAUAUGGACACACGUAAUGCUGACUACCUACAGUUUUACUUACGUAUUGGUGGUGGGGAUAAAGAUUGUAAUGGUGGUGAACAUCGGCCUGAGGGUGUUAUCUUACAAUAUUCUACAAAUGGUGGGGUAACCUGGACCCUCCUUGAUGAGCUUGAAGGGACUAUGUAUGGAACACCAAGUUUAGUGUCCAAUGACUUGCCAAAAGAAGCAAGAACACCAAGUGCUAGAUUUCAGUGGUGGCAGCCACAGCAUUCUGGGAAGGGAUAUGAUCAGUGGGCAAUAGAUGAAAUACGACUUGGACAGUAUGAGAAUCUGAGAUCUAUUGAAGAUGACUUUAAUGACUCUGUUGAAGCACUAGAUUCUGAUGUGUGGAUGACAAUCGCAGGUGGUGUGAUUGGGAAAUACUGCAAUUCACGUAACCCUGUCCUGAUUUUAGCCAAUCAGGAAGCAGAUAAAAAGGUCAUAACAAAAGAUUUGAAACUUCAAGUUGGCGAUGUUAUACAGUUCAAGAUUAAUGUUGGCUGCAGUAACCAGUUCCGUUGGGAUCAUCCAGUGUUCUUGCAAUACUGGCCAAGAGGUGGUAAUGGCUUCCAUCUGGUACAAGACGCUUGUUACCAGAAUAUGGAGUGUGAUGAUAAACACACUGAAGGCAGCGUGUACUAUGCUGGACCUCAAGGUCACUGGCAGCUUGUUGUAAUCCCUGUAACAGAGAACCUUGCUAAGUAUCCAAUCAUACUACGGUGGUGGCAACCAGGAGGAUAUCCAUAUAACUUUGCGCUUGAUGAUGUAUACAUAGGUCCACCAUGCACAGAUAACUGUCAUAGAAAUGGAGCCUGCAAACAAGGAGCAUGUGUCUGCUAUGGACACUUUGACGAUCCUAACUGUCAGUCUGAUGACCCAACACCUUAUGGAAUGUUAGAUAGAUUUGAGCAACUUCACCGACCAUCUGAUUUCUGGAGACGUAUCUGGGGUGGCCAUCUUGGAGUUCGGUGUGGCAUCGUUGAUUCUGGAAAUGCCUUAAUGUUUGAUGGGGAAGGAACAAGAGAAGCAGUGACUAUACCACUAAAUACCACAUACCUCAGGAAUUUAGAGUUUGUUGUGAAGAUUGGAAGCACAGAUAAUAAAUACCGUUGUAUUCAGCCAUCCUCCCCAAAUGAAGGUAUCAUUGUAGAUUUCUCAACUGACAAUGAAAUCACCUGGCAUCUCCUGAAGACUGUUGAACCAAGAUUGUACAAUGGAACACAUGAAAGAGUGGUACUAGAACUGCCAGCAGAGGCUAAAACUGACUCAACUAUAUUUAGAUGGUGGCAACCAUUAGGUUAUGGGGGAAUGACGCGAGCAGAGUGGGGACUUGACAGAGUGACCAUUGCAGUGAACGAGACAAAUUUGGAAGGUUUUCAGGAUGACUUUGCUGGAAUGAUGCCAGACAUGUUAACCUGGUACCAAACAGAGAGUGCUGUACCAAGAAUUACAUGUAACUCAAAAGGAAACGCCUUGGAGUUCAGCAGAAAUGGAGGGAAGAGAUUUGCAGAGACAUGGGAUUACCAUGUGACACCAUCCACUUUCCUACAAUUUGAUAUUGCCAUGGGCUGUGACUCUCUGUACAAUACCCUGUACGGUGUCAUGCUAGAGUAUUCAACAGAUAUGGGCAAACACUGGAGCCCUGUUGUCCAGGAGUGUGCACCACCAAACUUUGAGUGUAGCGGUUACCAUCUGAAGAGUGACUAUAUGUCUGAUCAGCACAGAAACUGGACAAGAAUUUCAGCGUAUCUGCCAGGCAGUGCUGUAUCCCCUGCAACCAGAUUCAGGUGGCAGCAACACAGCCAGAGUGACAGUGGCAAUGUAUGGGCCUUGGACAAUGUAUAUCUAGGGGAUGGAUGUAAAUGGCUGUGUUCAGGCCAUGGUUACUGUGAUAAUGGAAGUUGUAUCUGUGAUGAUGGUUAUGGAGGAGAAUCCUGCGUACCUUUAAGACCACUUCCUAUGAUGCUCCGGGAUGAUUUUAAUCGGGAGAAACCGCUAAAUGAGAACUGGUUACAGAUUUAUGGAGGAGAGCCAACUAAAAUGUGUGGAACUCUUGUUAGUGGAAAUGCUUUGACAUUUAGUCAUGAUAAUAUGAGAAUGGCAGUAACACGUGAUUUAGAUACAACCAUGCUCAACACAAUAGAGUUCUACUUCCUGUAUGGCUGUAAUGGUAAAAAGAUGGAAUGGCCUCGGAAAGAAAGUGUUUUGUUACAAUAUUCAAACAACGGAGGAAUAACGUGGAACCUUGUCAAAGAACUGCAUUAUCGCAAUGACUCCAGUCCAAGAUUUUUCAGCCUUGAGUUACCAGAGAAUGCAAGACAUAACUCAACAAGGUUUAGACUUUGGCAGCCCUCUAAUGCAGGAACUAUGUUAUCUACCUGGGCUAUUGAUAAUUUAUUUAUUGGAAGAAUGGCAAUCAAUCCCAGUUCUAUGUCAGAUGAUUUCAACAACAAUGUACAGUCAGACUCCUGGUUGUUUGUAAAUGAGGGUGAAAAGGGUCCAUAUUGUGAAAGGAAUACUAGGUCAGAUACAGAAGGAGCGGGCCAGUCAGCUUUAGUGUUCAGUCAAGGAUUAGACAAGGGAGAACACUCAGUGGUAACUCGUGAUUUAGAUGUUGGACCAAUGUCUGUUUUACAGUUUGAUAUAAAUGUUGGCUGCUCCUCAGAAGCUACACACAAGUACCCUGUAAGACUGGAAUAUUCAGCAGAUGGCGGGAAGACGUGGCAUUUGGUUGUACCAAAUUGUGCUGAUGUGUCAUCUGCACUGUGUCAUGAUAGUGUCAUGCACAGCAGUAUAUAUUAUGGAGGAACUUCAAAAUAUUGGAGGAGGAUUGUUAUACCUCUUGAUAGUCUUUAUGUUUGUGGGUCAUUGCGAUUACGCUGGUACCAGGGGUUUAUACCACCAGAGGAUUAUGGGCCUCAAUGGGCAAUAGACAAUGUUUUUAUUGGUAUGGCAUGUAUGCAACAUUGUCUGGGUAAAGGGGAAUGUGGCAGCACAAUGAUGUGCUCGUGUGACCCAGGUUUCCAUGGAGACACAUGUGAGCCUGACCAAUCAUUUCCAAACUACAUGAAAGAAGGCUUCCAUUUGGCUGAUGGUCUAAAUGUUAUUCCAGAAACUCUUCCAGUGCUAGAUUCAUUUGUCAGUCCCAAUAAAAUACUAGAUGAAACAAAAUGGAAUAUGUGGUCUGGGGGCCUGGUUUCCAUGGAAUGUGAUUUGCUGGUUGAUGGAUACAGUCUUGUGUUCAAAGGUACAGGAGAGCGAGUUCUUGUUACAAGGGAACUGGAUCUUUCUAAAGCUACGACUGUUCAGUUUUAUCUUAGAUUGGGUUGUAGUGACACACACCCUGAUCCUGCUACACCCCCUGUCUACACCCAGUACAGCACAAAUGGUGGUAUUAACUGGCAUACAAUUGAACAGUUUGACUACAAUGAUAACAGCCAUACACCAUUCUAUGUUGUUUUGAACUUUCCAGCAAAAGCACGAUCCACAGCCUCACAGUUAAGAUGGUGGCAACCUUCCAAAGAUGGAUUAUUUAUGGAACCUUGGGCUAUUGAUGAGAUAUAUGUUGGAGGUAACUUUGAGGGUGAGCCAAUGUUAGCAGAUGAUCCAAAAGCCCCUAAGGACCCUAACUGGACCCUUAACCCAGGUGGAGUCAUAGAACUGGUGUGUGGUGAAGAGUUUGAUGCUAUAGACUUUAUUGGGGGUGAGAAAUACAGAUUUGCUGUAACAGCCGAUGUUGUUGUCCAGGAAGGAACACUUCUACAGUUUGACUUAGCCAUGGGAUGUUCAGCCCCAAAGCACUGCUUCAAGAUACACCUAGCCUACUCAUUGGACAAGGGAGUGACCUGGGAACCACUAUGGAAGCCAUGUUACCCCUCAAACAUUGACUGCAACAAAGUGUUUUCACCAGAUAAUGCAUUUCCAUCAGAUUAUAACUGGGGAAGGAACAGACAUAGCAUUCCACUUGCAUUCCAUACUAGGUCAAAAGAAACACGGUUCCUUUGGUACCAGCCAGAUGGAUUCAAUGUGAAGGAUACAUGGGCAAUAGCUAACAUAUAUAUUGGUACUCAUUGCCCAACAUGGUGUACUGGACAUGGAAAAUGUACACAAAAUGGCUGCAUUUGUGAUGAGGGAUGGUCAGGAGAUACAUGUGGGACAGCUGUAACAGCUUUACCAGACUAUCUGUAUGACAAGUUUGAGACUGAAACCAACAACUGGUACAAGAUGGUUGGUGGCAAGAGAGUAACACCAUGUAAAACUAUGGCCUCCGGUCUAGCUUAUCAUUUUACUGGAAAUUGUUCACGGAUCUUGGCUUCCCAUUUCCUGGAUCUCAGUGAUGCUGCAUUUAUUCAGUUUACCUUUAUGUAUGGUUGUGAAUCAACACCAGAUAAUGUGGAUGAGAGCGUAAUUGUUGGUCACUCUCCUGAUGGUGUAACCUGGACAAGCAUGACAUUGAUGCAUUAUCUUAACUACCGAAAUCCUACAUUUGUGACUCUAAGGCUUCCUAAAGAAGCAAGACGGAAUGGAACCCAGAUUACUUUUGUGCAGCUGCAGCACAGUGGAACCAAUGAAGAUGAUUGGGUUAUUGAUAACCUCCGAAUUGGAGGACGUCAAGCAAAUCCAGACACUAUGAUGAGCGAUUUUGCACCUGGAAUAGAUCCUGCUGAAUGGAACGCAUUUGAUAAUGUUGAAAUUGAUGGUUACUGUGAUUGGCAGGAUGUUGCGAUAGGUAAUGUUCAUGGUGAUGAGAGUGCUUCCCUAAUAACACAAGACUUGCAUAUAAGAUCAGGACAUAUGAUGCAGUUUUGGUAUAACGUUGGAUGUAUGCGGCCAUGGAACACUACUGUAGCUCCAGUUCACCUGCAGUAUUCUACUGAUUAUGGAUUGACGUGGUCUUAUAUUUCACGUCAGUGUUUGUCUAAUGAUCCAGCUUGUCCGUCUGGUGCCUCGAUGGCAAGUGUUUACUAUGGUGACCCAAUGGGAGCAUGGCAACGUGUAACUAUUCCACUGGAAGGAAUGACUAACUCAAAAGCUACAAGGUUUCGCUGGCAGCAACGCCCUGUUAUGGAUGAGGAAGCAGUCACAGACUUCGGUAUCAGAGAAAUUUAUAUAGGUCGAGCAUGUCAGGAUCUGUGUGGUGGUCAUGGUAUCUGUCAUCCAGCUAACUUCCCAGCAUGCAUCUGUGAUGAUGGUCACCGUGGUGAUAAUUGUUAUCCCUGGAAAGUUAAAAAUUUGAAAGAGUUGAAGGAUACAUUUGAUGAUGAAGAUAUUGAUAAGUCCAAGUGGUCCCUUGUACAAGGGGGUACAGUACAGGACCCUUGUACCCAGCUAGUUGAGGGUACAGCACUUGUACAGAAUGGGCCCGGGCUUAGACAGCUUGCCACUGUAGAUAUGGACCUCAGAGAUGCAAAAUUUGUGCAGUACUCAGCGACUAUAGGUGGACAGAGUGAUGCCCCAGGUUGUUUUAAGCCUUACAGACCAGACCAGAGUGUGAUCCUGCAAUAUUCUACAGAUGGUGGCAUUCACUGGCACACUUUACAUACACUUGAUUACACAAGUUACUCUAAACCACGUCGUGACUAUAUAGUACUGCCUCAAGAAGCAAGAACCCCUAGUACAAAGAUAAGAUGGUGGCAGUUCCUUUCUGAUGACCCAACUAGGCUUCAGCCCACCUGGGCUCUAGAUGAUGUUUACAUUGGAGGUCAUGAGAUAAACCCAGCAAAUGUUGAGAUCAACUUCAAUGAGACCUUGCUGAUAAAUGAUCAGCCCUGGGAGUUCAACCCGUACGGACACAUUGAGAGGGAAGUUUGCAAGAAGGAUGGUAGUGUGAUAAUGUGGGAGGAAGGAAAUGGAACUAGACAGUUCACAACCAAACAGAUGAUUAUACAGAUGCACUAUAUUCUACAGUUUAAGAUUGCUGUAGGAUGCAGUAAGACAUUUAACGUCUGUCAAUCACAUGCUCCUGUUAAACUUGUAUUUAACAAAAAUCCAAGCUUGGAGACGUGGCAUGAAGUAAUACCCCUGUGUCUGCCUGACUUCAACCAGCGUAUAGAUUGUCAACCAAAUAGAUAUCAUGCAGCCAGUGAAUACAGGGCAGACACCCAUCCCACAUGGACCAGAGUUACUAUCAGUUUGCCAGAGAAAACAUUCUCAAGUACAACCAGGUUCAGGUGGAUACAGGAUUCACCAGAUGUGGAAGCCCCAAGCUGGGCCCUUGAUGAUAUAUAUGUAGGGGAGACCUGUCCUAGGAUGUGUCAUGGCAGGGGUGAUUGCAAGGGAGGUUACUGCCAUUGUGAUGACGGGUAUCAGGGUUCAAGCUGCAUGCCGAAGGAGAAGCAGAUAAGUCGUAUGUUUGAUUCAUUUGAGGGUGGAGUGUACACAUCACACUGGGAUGUAGUGUCAGGAGGUGGUAUAGGGUUUGGUUGUGGAGCCUUGCUGCCUUACGCACAUGGAAAAACCCUCUAUUUCAAUGGAUGUGGUUUGAGAGAAGCUAGAACUGUUGAAAUGGAUCUCACAACUGCUAGCAAGAUAAUGUUUGUGUUGCAAAUUGGUUGUCGAGCUCAAACCCCACAGUGUAAUGUUGAAACAGAAGACAAGUCGCAGUAUAGAGGAGUAUUGCUGCAGUAUUCACCCAACAAGGGAGCUGACUGGAUGUUGAUAGCACGGCAUGACCCUGGAGAUCACCUUGUACCACGGAGAUUAUCGUAUGAUAUACCACAUCAUGCACGUGUUGAGGGUGUCCAGAUCAGAUGGUUCCAGCCUGUGCAUGGAGGACAUGGAUUUGAUCAGUGGGCCAUAGAUCAUGUUGAAGUUGUACCUGGCAGAAGAAGUAUGAAAUUUUACAGAAGACGGAAGAGACAUUUAUCUUCAAAAUAAAUGAACUUUAUCUACUGACUAGUGUUACUGCGGUACAAAGGAAAUCUUCAUCACUUUCUACUUGCAACUGGAGGCUGUACUAGUAACUGGAGGCUGUAAAUUGAAACUAAAAGUGGCAGUUUUACUUCUAAAAGGAAGAUUUGUUUGAAAUAGGCAACAUGUAACACCUGAUGUAAAUUUUGUUUAACUGGUUAAAUAAUUUACACAAGGAUUUAUGAUUGUUGUAGCUGUAGCCAGCAAGAAGUAACUGUUAAAUUCCUUUAGAUAAAACAAAUUAAUUUGCUUGACUAUACUGGAAUGAUAUUUAGGUCUAUUAUAAACUACUACAGAAUAUUCAACCAAUUCUGUUCUGUUGAUAUGGAGUUAGCAGUCACCUGUGCAAUUUUCAAGGUCCAUAAAAAAAUAAUAAGUUUCUGUGAGGGUUGAUCAAUAAGUGAUCUUUCUGCAUCUAUGGGGGCUGAUAAAAAAGUAGUGUUACUUAGUCCAUCAAGUGAGGUCACUGCAUCCAUUGCACAUUAUUCAUUCUUGUAUUAUUUAAGUACACUAAUUCAGUUCUGAUAAAAAUGGAAAAUAUUUCAUUUCUUUUUUGUUGUUUGUUAAAAAUAUGCAGAAAUUUAUAGGUUUCAUAAUAAUAAUUGUGAAAGACUAUCACCAAAACUAAAUCAUGCAAUUUAUCUGUGCAAACAUAAUUGCAUAACGUAACACCUCUGCUGUCAUCUGUCAAAAUUUUAGCAAUUACGUCAAUAAAUCGGUGAUAAUGUGACAUUCGCUGUUACCAAGUUUUCCAUUUAUAUCUAUAUCUUCAUAUAUGUAUAUGCAAUCUAUUUUUGUAAUAUUUUCUGACCUUACUGUAAAAUAGGGCAGAAUUCCAGUAUGAUUCAAGAAAUAGGUUUGGUUUAUCUGAGAAGUUCAUACAUUUCUCUUUGAUCAACUGUCAUCUUUUAUAGCUUCAGUGACAUUACUUUUCUAUCUUCCUUUGUAUAUUUUAGUUUCAGUGACCCUACUUUUUGAUCUGCUUAUGUAUUUUAUAGCUUCAGUGACAUUACUCUUUGAUCAACUAGCUUCAGUGACAUUACUUUUUGAUCUGCUUUUGUAUUUUAUAGCUUCAGUGACAUUACUCUUUGAUCAACUAGCUUCAGUGACAUUACUCUUUGAUCAACUGUCAUAUUUUAUAGCUUCAGUGACAUUACUUUUUGAUCUUCCUUUGUAUAUUUUAGUUUCAGUGACAUUACUUUUUGAUCAGCUGUCAUAUUUUGUACAUUACUCUUUGAUCAACUGUCAUAUUUUGUAGCUUCAGUGACAUUACUCUUUGAUCAACUAUCGUAUUAGCUUCAGUGACAUUACUCUUCGAUCACCUAUUGUAUUUUGUAACUUCAGUGCUCUUUGAUCAACUGUCGUAUUUUAUAGCUUCAGUGACAUUACUUUUUGAUCUUCCUUUGUAUUUUUAGUUUCAGUGACACUAUUUUUUUAUCUGCUUUCAUAUUUUAUAGCUUCAGUGACAUUACUCUCCGAUCAACUGUCGUAUUUUGUAGCUUCAGUGACAUUACUCUUCGAUCAACUGUCGUAUUUUGUAGCUUCAGUGACAUUACUCUCCGAUCAACUGUCAUAUUUUAUAGCUUCAGUGACAUUACUCUUCGAUCAACUGUCAUAUUUUAUAGCUUCAGUGACAUUACUCUUCGAUCAACUGUCAUAUUUUAUAGCUUCAAUGACAUUACUUUUUGAUCAGUCUUCUGCAUUACCUACUGUAUCAUUCAUUUUGAACCUUCACAUACAGAAAAAGAUCAGGUGACCAUGAGUUUUGCAAAUGAACCUUAAUCUUAUCUAUUGAAAUGAUGAUUUUUUUAAUAAAAUUCUUUUGAAUUUUUGUUGAUGAAGAGUAAAAUAAGAUUUUCUGGAUCAAACCGAAAUGUAAUGUUGCUAAAGUAAAAAAAUGAUACAUUAUUUUUCAGAUUUUUACUUGAACUUUAUUUUCUUAACAUUACAAAAAUAAUUUCUCUACUUUUCCAACAAAACAAUGUUUUAACCUUAAUCUCUAGAAACUAUAAGUUAAUCUAUUUAUAUACAUUUGUCAUACCCCUGUGUUGGCUAAAUUAUGAUCAAAUGGAAGAGCAUAUAUUAUCUUUACAAAAGAAACAUGAUUUUGCUCUGUUGAUUCCUUCAGUGAUAAAUCAUUUAAGAAUGACCAGUUUUUAUAUAAUAUUUUUUAUCCUCAAUUCUAACCUAGAAACAUAAAAGCAUUAACAGCAGGAAAUGUAAUAUAACUUGUUUUGCUAGCAACAAGUGCAGUCCUAAUAUACACCAAGUGCAUUGAUCAGUGGAUAAAAUCAUACUGUUUUGAUCUGCAAGAAAAAUAAUUUGCAUUUUCCAUCAAUACCUAAAUUUUGAUCAGAAAACUGAAUUUGUGCAAAGAACUGAAAACCAGGUUUUGGAAUUUUUGAUGAGUUUAUUCUUAUUGAAGGUUUUACUUUGCCAAGAUGUUUAAUGGUUUUACUUUCCUGAAAGGUGUAUUUUAAAGUAACACAAAAACUUGAUUCGAUAUUUCUCAACAGUAAAAGCAUGUUCUAUCAUAUUAUUACGCUAUAUUUCUGGUAUAUUUCUCGGAUCAAUGUACUUAGCCUGGAUAAGGUCUGCAUCAGUUACAUGCAAAAAUAAUAUAUGUGCUUCAAUGUGAUCCAGAUUUAGCGGACAUGGGUAUGUGAAAAAUUAUGACAAGUCACUAUGUACUUAAAUUUUGACAUGUACCUGUAUAUUUGCUGAAUAAUUCAGCAAUGUGUAAAUGAUGUGAUAAAUACUUUAAUGAUGUGAUAAAUACUUGAUGGUUUAAAACUGCCAAUUCUUCCUUCAGCAGUGCUGCCAUUUUCUGAUGCAUUAUGAAUGACUGAACAGUUUUUUUUUUAUAUAAAAUCAACUAAUAGUUAUAAUAAACUUUAUUUAUUUGACUGAAACCAUCUGGUGAAAAGACAUCAGUUACCAGUAAAAUAUCAAAAUUUUAUUGUUUACAUAUCAUUGCAGUUUCAGAUAAAAAAUAUACCUUAAUUCAAAUUCAAUUUUUUUUAUGGUUAACAUGCAGUCAAACUCAUGUAUCAAAACAAAAUGAUAUUAAUUUAAUCCAAUGAACACACAAGUGAUGUCUUUUCGCCUGCAAAUGUUUAGAAAUUUUGAGUUGUCAGUUCUCCAUAGAUUGAACAGGAAAUGUUUGAUGUCUGUAAAAAAGAAAUAUACAUGUAUAAAAUCUUUAUACUUUUAA